GAUUUAAGGCCAGGAGCUUCUGCCACCAAACAGCAAACGUGGACUUCCCACUGCGAACGCACAUCCACCAGCGGGAAGAACCUCGAAAGAAACCCUUGGAUCUCUCAUCGAGAUCAUCCAAAAAGAAGAAAGGGAAUUUUGGCAUCCGUGGUCCUUAGCACAACCCUGCAGAGAUGCCUCCUCAGCUCCAAAAUGGCCUCAACUUCUCAGCCAAAGUCAUCCAGGGCACCCUAGACAGCCUGCCCCAGGGGGUAAGAGCAUUCGUGGAGAGCAACGUCAGGCUGUGCCAGCCUGAGCAUAUCCACAUCUGUGAUGGCUCCGAGGGGGAGAACCAGCAGCUGCUGGACCAAAUGGAAGGAGAGGGCAUGAUCAAGAGGCUGCAGAAGCUCAACAACUGCUGGUUGGCUCUCACUGACCCCAGGGAUGUGGCCAGAAUUGAAAGCAAGACAGUCAUCAUUACCCAAGAGCAAAGAGAUACCAUGCCCAUCCCCAAAACUGGCCUCAGCCAACUAGGUCGCUGGAUGUCAGAGGAGGACUUUGAGAAAGCGUUCAAAGCCCGAUUUCCAGGGUGCAUGAAAGGUCGCACCAUGUACGUGAUUCCAUUCAGCAUGGGGCCCCUGGGCUCACCACUGUCGAAGAUCGGCAUUGAGCUGACGGAUUCACCCUACGUGGUGACCAGCAUGCGCAUCAUGACGCGGAUGGGCACAGCUGUCCUGGAAGCGCUGGAGGACGGGGAAUUCGUCAAGUGCCUCCAUUCUGUGGGAUGCCCUUUACCUUUAAAAAAGCCUUUGGUGAACAACUGGCCGUGUAACCCAGAGCUGACACUCAUUGCGCACCUGCCUGACCGCAGGGAAAUCAUCUCCUUUGGGAGUGGGUACGGCGGGAACUCGCUCCUUGGGAAGAAGUGCUUUGCCCUCAGGAUGGCCAGCCGGCUGGCUAAGGAAGAGGGUUGGCUGGCGGAACACAUGCUGAUCCUGGGCAUAACCAACCCCAAGGGCCAGAAGAAGUACUUCGCAGCAGCCUUUCCCAGUGCCUGUGGCAAGACCAACCUGGCCAUGAUGAACCCCAGCCUCCCUGGGUGGAAAAUAGAGUGUGUGGGUGAUGACAUCGCCUGGAUGAAAUUUGACCAACAAGGUAACUUAAGGGCUAUCAACCCAGAAAAUGGCUUUUUUGGUGUGGCUCCCGGAACCUCUGUGAAGACCAAUCCCAACGCCAUCAAGACCAUCCAGAAGAAUACCAUCUUCACCAAUGUGGCCGAGACCAGUGAUGGGGGCAUUUACUGGGAAGGUAUCGACCAGGCGCUAGCCCCGGGCAUCAGGAUCACUUCGUGGAAGAACAAGGAGUGGACCCCCCAGGAUGGUGUUCCCCUGGUCUAUGAAGCUCUCAGUUGGCAACACGGAGUUUUUGUGGGGGCGGCCAUGCGAUCAGAGGCCACAGCGGCUGCAGAACACCAAGGCAAGGUCAUCAUGCACGACCCCUUUGCCAUGCGGCCCUUCUUUGGCUACAACUUUGGCAAAUACCUGGCCCACUGGCUCAGCAUGGCCCAGCGCCCAGCAGCCAAGCUGCCCAGGAUCUUCCACGUCAACUGGUUCCGGAAAGACAAGGAAGGCAAAUUCCUCUGGCCAGGCUUUGGUGAGAACUCCAGGGUGCUAGAGUGGAUGUUCAACCGCAUCAAUGAGGAAGCCAGCGCCAAGCUCACGCCCAUCGGCUACGUCCCCGAGGAGGGGGCCCUGAACCUGACAGGCCUGGGGGACAUCAACACGAAGGAACUCUUCCACCUCUCCAAGGAGUUCUGGGAGAAGGAGGUGGAAGACAUCCAGAAGUACCUAGAGGAGCAGGUUAACACCGAUCUCCCCUGUGAAAUCGAGAGAGAGGUCCUUGCCCUGAAGCAAAGGAUCAGCCAGAUGUAAUCAGACCCAAGGGCUUCACCUGUGAAAUCACCCCCUCUCCAGUCCAUGAGAGGUGCCGGGAGCAAGAGCGAGUGGGACGUCCUGAACCAACAUCACCCAUCCUACCGUAAUGACCACACUGAUGAGCAGAUUCAGGUUUCAGAUAAGACCACAGAGUACAGGCUAGUAACUGUGAGAUCAGGGAGGGAAAUCUUAGCAUGUCUCCAAAAAUCACUCUCCAGUGCACAUUUGUUCAACCCUGAGGACACUAUGCAUUAGGCUUUCCUGUUUUUUGUUUUUUUGUUUUGUUU